AUGCCCACUGACCGUGACCUCGACGGCUCUUCCUCAUCCUCUGCCUCAAAGCCAAGACCAGUUCGGCCCAUCCUCCCGGCCCAGAGCCUCACUGCACCUCGUCUGUUGCAGCCAGCUUCUUUCGAUGCUUUUUCCAGCAAGCGCCAAAAUCUCACGAAAAAACACCACCCUACCCCACAUCACCAGCAGCAGCAGCAACCACUAUCACUGGCGCAGAAUCAACAACAGCAACAGAGGACUUCCCAGACGCCAGGCGAUGUUCUUUACUCGCUGUCGACCGCUAGCAUCCGCGCACGCAAGAAUGCCGUGGAGAUGGAAAACAUCCAACGUGCAAAUCAGCUCUACGAAGAGUAUAUCGCUAAGAUCAAGGCUGUCAGCGAGUCGAUCCCACCAGCACCAACAACAACAGCCAGGACCAUUCCCACAUAUCAGGACGAUCCCAUGAAUUCAUACAAGAUGGACAUUGACCCGAUUGACAUUGCCGCAAACGCUGGAUCCUUCAACCCAUACCCCAACAAGGCCACACGACUGAGUCCACUGGGAGAGAAAGACUUGGGACCCAUGGAAGGUCUUCAGGGGAUGUUGCGGUUAGGAAUGCUCCACAACUUGGUCCAACAGUACUUCACGCUCAUCCACCCGCAGUUCAUGAUCCUCCACAAGAACAAUUUCCUUUUCCGGUUCUGGGCAGAGUAUGGGCCCUUUCCCGAGGCGUACGAGAUCCACAGCCAGCUCAAUGGGAAGCCGUGUUCAGGGGACUAUGCAACCGAAGGUGGAAUAGUGGCGCAUAAGAGUAGUUGUAGCGCUGCCGCUGCUCCCGCUGCUGUGACUGAGCCGUCGUCGUCGAGGCAAGCGCCAGAGAAAUCUAGUUACAGGAGCAGCCCACUCUUGCUACUGUCGAUGAUGGCCUUGGUCUCUCGACACCUCAACGACCGGUCGCCCAUGAAGAGUACCGCCGAGGAGAAGUAUCGACGUGUCCAGGAUGGUUUGUCUUUGUACAGCCACGACCGCAAGGUGAUCGAGCACCGGUGCAAGGAAAAGCUGCAGGAAGGAAUGCUACAGGAUCUCAUGGAGACGGACGAGCAUGGACAUCGAGACUUGGACGGCGAGAACUUCCGGGAUCGAGGAGAGCAGUACUUCUGUUGGGCGACCGAGCUGUUGAAGUCUCAGUAUGAGGAGCCCUCACUGACGGUGAUCCAGUCGUUGCUGUUGUUGCGAGAGUAUGCCGUCAUGGCCGGGAAUCACACCCAGGCGUACAUGUAUGGUGGCACUGCGAUUACGAUGGCCUUGGUUCUUGGAUGGGAUCGUGCGCAUCUGAUACAGAACUCGAGUAAUGGAUCGCACGGACAGUCGGGAAGUCAGGAGUUUGCAAAGAGGUCGGAGGAAGAGAAGGCAGCGCAGGCAACGCAGCGGGAGAACAAGGCCAAGGAUGAAGAGCAGAGGCUCUGUUGGUGGCAGUGCUUUAUUGUCGAUCGCUGGAUGUCAGCCGCCUACAACCGCCCCGUUAACAUCCCGGUGCAUGUGUUCGAUAAGACUCAUCUGGGUCCGGCCCCCAAGAUCAUCUCGAUGUCACGACCAGGAGACGACCCCUACACUCCACCAACAAUAGGAAUGGAGUUGAUCCCUAUGGGUUCAGGAGUGCCCUCACCCCGGACUGUGGGACUACCUCCAGCUCCGUACCGAGCCAAAUCGUUCUUUGACCAGCAAUGCCGACAGGCUCUACUUCUGGACGACAUCUUGGUGUUCCUGUCUACUUGGUCAGAUGAGCUGUUUGUCAAUCCUGCGGCGUUUGAUAAGCUUUCGGGUGCUCUGGAUGACUGGCAUCGAGACCUGGCGGAUUGGCAGACGUUCCCGUUUUCAGGGAUCGUUGCUCCACCCAAAUCGUCGAUCAGCAGACCUUCCACCCAGAAGUUUGCUGCCACCAUUCCUGUCACGACUCUCUCUAAUGACGGUAGUAGCAGAAGCAACAAGCAACAUCAGCAGGAAAGACGAGAUAUCGUUCAAUCAACUCUCCUCGGAAUCACAUUCCACACAAUCAGGAUCCUUCUCUACCGCCCAUUCCUCCGGACAAACCUCCGUCACCCACCCUGUAUCCCGUCCCGCGCUAGACUUGCAUGCGCCCAAUCCGCCAAUGCAAUGACGUCCCUUGCAGAGUCGCUUAUCAACUUGACGGACGCGACUGUUCAACCUUGCCUUCUAAUGCGCCACCAAUUCUCGCUGGUCACAGCGGCAGGUAUCCAGUUGAUGAAUGCUUCUCUGGAGGAUGAGCCGCGGCUGUCGACGCCGGCCAAGAUUAAUUUGUUGAAGACUAUCCGUAUCCUGAGGGAUGCUGAUCGGUCGACCUUUGGGCCUCCUCCUCCUCCUGUUGGUAGUGGUGAUAAUGGUGGUACAGGUGCUAAUGGUUUCCGGGAUGGGUUCCAUCAAGUGCUGAGGGAGCUCUUUCCUGGACAGAUGAAGCAUAUGCCCGACCUUCUUGGUCCUUCGGCUUCUUCAUCAACAUAG